GAUGUUCCCCUCGGUGCGGGUGAAGGUGAAGGGCUUGGACCCCAGUAAACAGUAUUUUGUUGCUCUGGACGUGGUUCCCGUGGACUCCAAGCGCUACAGAUACGUCUAUCACAGCUCCCAGUGGAUGGUCGCCGGAAACACGGAGAAUUCCUGCCUCCCGCCCCGCCUGUACGUGCACGCCGACUCCCCCUGCUCCGGGGAGACCUGGAUGAGACAGGUCAUCAGCUUCGACCGAGUCAAACUCACCAAUAACGAGAUGGACGACAAAGGACAUAUCAUUCUGCAGUCGAUGCAUAAGUAUAAGCCCCGGGUCCACGUCAUCCUCCAAGACUCCUGCUUUGACCAGAUCCAGUCACUGCCGGAAGAAGGGGUGAAGACAUUUUCAUUCAAGGAAACAGAGUUCACCACAGUGACGGCAUACCAGAACCAGCAGAUAACCAAGUUGAAGAUUGACAGAAAUCCAUUUGCAAAAGGCUUCAGAGACCCAGGAAGGAACAGGGUUGUGAUGGACGGUCUCCUGGAGCACUACCCGUGGAGAUCUUCUCUCUCCUUAGACUUUAAGGCUUUUGGGGCAGAUACUCCUGGAAGAAGCUCUGGCUCUUCUCCGCUCACAUCCAGGGGGGGCGUUCCAUCCCCUCUGCUGUCUCCAUCUUGCUCCCCUCCUACGUUUCAGCUGCCCGCCAGGAGUCUUCAUUGCUCAGAGACCUAUCUGCACCCCGUGAGCGCCCCCUUCUACUACAAGGUCUGCCCUGGUGGCUUCCUCCGACCGCGGUCUCUGCUGGACAAACGCGGGGCUCCGGGGGGGCACAUACUUUCUCCUGUCAUGGUGGAUGUCCCCUUCUUGUCUUCAUUUGGCUUCUGCAGACACAACAAACUGGAAACGUUCAGAGAUUCGGUAGUGGUGGGAGCGGCCGCCAGCAGCCCCGUGCUGUGCGGGAUUCCCACAUCUGGGAACAUUCUGCCCUCCGCAGCUCUCGCCCGAGACGCCCUCAGCUGCUCCUUCCACUCGCCCUACGGCUUCUACGGAUACAACCUCGCUGUGCCGUCACAUCUCAUCACCGCAGCCGCGAGUCUAAAGAUGACUGACACUUGUCCCGAAGCCUCUCGCUGGACCCCGCCAUCUGCCAAUCAUUGCCUGUAAUGGAAUACAGCAGAUGAUGGGAAUGUAGUUAAUUAUUUAAUGUGGGAUAAUGAGUGCCACCUGGGUGACGAGCCGGAGGAGAAUCCGGAAACCUGAGAUAAUCUCUGCAGACGUGCCGUCAUCCCAGGGACAUCAUAAGGCGCUCGAUUUAUCUUCUCGUUAUCAUUGCUGAAUAUUCACUUAUACCCAAUAAAUCCUGAUACCAGACGCGCUCACGAGCUAUGGCGGUUUCACGUCUGUCGCACUCGGAUGGAUUCCGGCUUCAGCAGUGGCGCUCUACUAUGCAUCAGCCACUUGGCGGUAUUACUGCUCCGGAGUAUA